CUCGUGUAUACUGGCAGCGUAUAUCAGGUCUGUGAUGCAAAGAACCCUGGUUAGUAUAUCAGUGACAGUGACAGUGAGAGUGGCCCGAGUUGCCGAUAGUCACCAGAGAAACGUUCCCGUGAACUACCAGCAACCAACCGCCGUCCCAGCUUUCGGCAACCAAGCGUACGACGACGACCAAGAAUACGACCAAAUUGACAACCAGGACUACCCUCACCAAGGCUACAGCCAGGGCUACCAAGCGGCCCAGGGUUACCAACCGGCCCAGGGUUACCAACCGGCCCAGGGUUACCAAGCUCAGGGCUACGACCAAGGCUACGGCCACAAUCAAGGCUACGACCACGACCAAGGCUACGGCCACGGCUACAACGACCAGGCUUACCAAGAAGAGGAAGAAGAACCUCUUUAUAGCAACGUGGAGAGCUCGGCCAUGAAGCCCCCAGUCGCUCCCCCACGCCCACCCAAGCCGCCGAACUACUAGAAACACGAAAGUUCGAAGAGACCACAACAACAAAGAUAAAAAAACAACAAUAACAGUAACAAAAACCAUAACAACAAAAGCAAUAACAGCAAAUUCAGUAAUAACAUCUAUAAUAGCAGCAACAACAAUAACAACAGCAACACCAUCAACAACAGCAGUGACAUCAACAACAGAAACAACAACAAACAACUCACUACUCCCGGUUGUGGUACAAAAAGGACGAGAAGAGCUCGAAGAACGGGGGAGAAAGUGGACAGAAAUGAUAUAGUUGUUGCAAUAACAGCGCUGUCGUAACGAACGCCAUCUUGUGUCGCGCGUGUGAAAUAUAAUCUCUGAAACAA